AUGUCAACACUCGAAGAAGUUGCAGACCAAGAAGUGGACUCAUUGGACGAGGAGAUUCUCAGUUUAACCACUGAUGACAUCUCAACACGUACAAGGCUAUUGGAGAACGAUAUCAAGGUGAUGAAGUCUGAAGUACAGAGACUGUCUCACGAUAAGCAGGUGAUGCUGGAGAAGAUCAAGGACAACAAGGAGAAGAUUGACAACAAUAAGCAGUUGCCGUACCUUGUUGGAAACGUUGUUGAGCUGUUGGAUGUUGAAGCUGGCGAAGAGGCGAAGGAGCAAGGUGCCAACAUUGAUUUGAACGCCACGAGGGUUGGUAAAUCUGCUGUGAUCAAGACAUCAACGAGACAGACCGUCUUUCUGCCGCUCAUAGGCCUCGUUGACCCUGAAACGCUCAAACCGAACGAUUUGGUUGGUGUUAAUAAGGACUCAUACCUCGUUUUGGACACGCUACCUGCCGAGUACGAUUCGAGGGUUAAGACGAUGGAAGUUGAUGAGAAACCACAAGAAACAUACUCAGAUAUUGGUGGAUUGGAUAAGCAGAUUGAAGAAUUGGUGGAAGCGAUUGUCUUGCCGAUGAAACAAGCUGAAAAGUUCAAAAAAUUGGGUAUAAAGGCACCAAAGGGUGCGUUGAUGUAUGGACCUCCAGGUACAGGAAAGACGUUGUUGGCCCGUGCGUGUGCUGCCCAGUCAGACGCAACUUUCUUGAAGUUGGCUGCUCCACAGUUGGUGCAAAUGUUCAUCGGUGACGGUGCCAAGUUGAUCCGCGAUGCGUUUGCAUUGGCAAAAGAAAAGGCACCAACCAUCAUCUUCAUUGAUGAGUUAGAUGCCAUUGGUACAAAGAGAUUUGACUCUGAAAAGUCUGGUGAUAGAGAGGUCCAGAGAACAAUGUUGGAGUUGCUCAAUCAGUUGGACGGUUUUGGUUCCGACGACCGUGUUAAAGUGUUGGCAGCGACAAAUAGAGUUGACGUUUUGGACCCAGCCUUGUUAAGAUCCGGUAGAUUGGAUAGAAAGAUUGAAUUCCCGCUGCCUUCAGAGGAGGCGAGAGCUUCUAUCCUGCAGAUUCAUUCUAGAAAGAUGACCGUUGACGGUUCAAUCAACUGGCAAGAGUUGGCCAGAUCGACAGAUGAGUUCAACGGUGCCCAAUUGAAAGCCGUUGUAGUGGAGGCCGGUAUGAUUGCUUUGAGAAAUGGUCAGUCGAGCGUUAAGCAUCAAGAUUUCGUCGAAGCUAUCGGUGAAGUCCAGGCAAGAAAGACCAAAUCUGUGUCGUUCUACGCAUAA